AUGCGCUCGCAACGAUCUCGGGACCGGUCGUGGAAGGGACCCGGUUUUCGGGGUUUCUUCCUGUCGGCUAUAUUUUUACCACAGGCGGCCCUCGCCAACUACAACGGUCCCCCCUCUCUUCAGGCCGCAAUCCUCCCGCCACCGAUACCCUAUGAGGAGCCUGGGGCUGUACCAGCAACACAUGAGUUUUCACUUCGCCAUAUCUUUCAUCGCGACACCCAUCAAUACCCCGACGACAUUCAUGCUAGAUUAGACGUUCAACCGGACACGCGUCUCAGGGUUCUGUCAGAGGAUGGAACCGAGACAGAACCUGUGACUAUACACCCUUCCCUUGUCGCCUCGUCGAGUCCGGUCACAAUACAACGACUUGCAGAUCGGAGUCUAGCCACGAUCGAAGAGCAUCUAUCGUCCACUUCCCAGUCUUCGAUGGCGGCAUGGGUGAUGGAAACGCUGCCAGGUCCGAAUAUCACGGACAAAGAAACAGUUCUGACAUUUGCUAAAAUGACCGCAAAUGAUUAUAUCGAGGAACCAGGGAGUACUCCAGAGUGGAAGACAAUUCAUGGCAAAUUCAACUACUCCUCGAGCUUUGGAUGGAGGGGCGAUGGCCUCCGAGGGCACAUAUAUUCCGACAAAACCAACAGCACUGUUGUCAUUUCGCUCAAGGGUACCUCUCCGGCCCUUUUUGAUGGUGCCGAGACCACUACCAAUGACAAGGUUAACGACAACCUAUUUUUUAGCUGCUGCUGCGGCCAAGGCGGGUCGUAUCUCUGGCGACAAGUCUGUGACUGCCAGAAUGCGACCUAUUCUGCAAACUUGACCUGCAUUACCGAAGCUAUGAAUGAUCGAAACCGGUACUAUAAAGCCACGAUUGAUCUUUAUACGAACGUCACAGCGAUCUACCCCAAUGCAAAUGUUUGGCUUACAGGUCAUUCACUCGGUGGUGCAAUGACCAGUUUGCUUGGCCUCACGUUCGGCCUUCCGGUCGUGACAUUUGAGGCCGUCCCUGAUGCUUUGCCUGCUUCUCGACUUAACCUUCCAAUUCCACCUGGUAUCAAGCUGCAUCAAGAGCGACAGUACACCGGGGCUUAUCAUUUUGGACAUACUGCUGAUCCGGUUUAUAUGGGCACAUGUAACGGCAUCAACUCGAUUUGCACCUGGGGUGGCUAUGCCAUGGAGUCAGCAUGCCAUACUGGCAAAAUGUGCACAUACGACACGGUUGCCGAUAAAGGUUGGCGCGUCGGGAUUGGAACCCACAAGAUCCAGAGCGUGAUUUCGGACGUUCUUGAGAAGUAUGAUAAGGUUCCUGAAUGCGAGGUCGAGGAGGAGUGUUAUGAUUGUGUUCUGUGGAAGUUUUUCAAGAGUAACGGCUCGGAGAUCACGACGACGACUACGACCGUAACCACCACCUCCCCCACCAUAACCAGGACGUCUACGUGCAAGACUCCAGGCUGGUGGGGCUGUCUUGAUGAGUCUACAACUGGGACUACGCAGACAACCACCAGUACCACUACUACAACCACAACGUGCCACACGCCAGGAUGGUUCGGAUGUAAUGAUCGAACUACGACUACUACUACAACUCCCACUCCUACAACUUCGACCUCAACCUGCAGAACACCUGGUUGGUUUGGCUGCAAUGACCCAACAACCACGAUUCCUCCUGCAGCAAGCUCUACAUGCCAUACACCAGGCUGGUUCUGGGGUUGCUAUGACCAAACUAGCACCAGUACCGUGCCAGGGGCUACUAUGCCCCCGGCUAGCUCUACCUGCCACACACCAGGCUGGUUCUGGGGGUGUUACGACCGAACCAAGACCAUGCCAGGAGCAACUCCAUCCCCGGCGUGGGCAAUGAUCACCCCAGCUCCAUGA